AUGUCUGCGAACGAAUUUUACAAGGAAGGAGGAGACCAAGGACAGUAUAACAAUGGCCAACAGUACAGCAAUGGUCAACAAUACAAUAAUAACGCACAAGUUCCAAAUCAACAGGAACAACAAUACGAUGCUAAUGGACAACCCGUUGGAGAUAGAGGUUUGAUGAGUACCCUGGUUGGCGGUUCCGCUGGUGCGUAUGCGGGUUCUCAUAUUUCAAAUAAUCAUUCCAAAUUGACUGGGAUCUUGGGUGCCAUUGGUGGUGCUUUUGCUGCAAACAAAAUUGAAGAUAAAUAUGAAGAGCAUAAAUACGGACAACAAAAUCAGUAUGGGAAUUCAAACCAACAAUACAAUAGACCACCUCCUAAUCAAGGAGGGUUUGGUCAACAACAACACCACCAUCACCAGCAUAAUAAUAAUAAUAAUAAUAAUAACCAAGGAUAUGGUAGACAACCACAGGGGGGACCACCGGGCGGAUUUAAUAAUGGAGGAGGGUUCCAAGGUAACCAAGGAUGGGGACCACAAGGAGGUCCAGGUGGGUUCAAUGGUGGAGGUCAGUUCCAACAAGGAGGUCCAGGUGGGUUCAACGGUGGAGACCAAUUUCAACAAGGAAGAUACGGCGGUAAUAAUCAAGGUGGUCGCUGGUGA